AUGUUCAAGAGAAAGACAAAGGAUGGCAAUGACGACAAGAAGACAAAGGAAGCGCUCGAUACCGUCAAGAAGGAGAUCGAGAAGAUGACCAAGGGGAUAGCCGACAAAGAGGCUGAAAUUGCCCUGCAGCAAGCCAAAGUCACAUCCUUGAGGGAGGAGGCCAAGGAGCUUCUCAAGAAAAAUGAUAAAGAUGGAGCCGAGAGAAAGUUGAAGCUUAUGCAAAACGUCAAUAGCCAGAUAAAGACUUCGUCGCAAGUCGUGAACCAACUUUCUACCGUCCUUGCUUCUCUUGAAACACGCAGAGAGCAGAUAGAGCUUAAGAUGUCUGCUACAGUGGCAACUAAGAUGCUUGACAACACUGCUGCCAUGGGAGACCAGGCCGCAGAUCUGCUGAGCAAUAUUCGUGAGCAUGAACAAAUGAGCGCAGAUUUCCUUACACAGCUUAAUGAAGGCGAUAGAGACAAGGCCUCAGCAAUUGCUAAUGACCUAGCGAACCUAAUGGCGGAGAUUGAUGAAGAAAACUUCGCAGACAUACCCGUUUCGCUUCCGGGGCAGGUAGCUGCUUCUAAUGAUCUUGACAUAAUGGUCGAAAUAUGA